AAAGGGGGAGCGCGAGGCGGGGUUUGGCCGAGGCGCCAUGGCCGAGAGCGGCCGCCUCUUGUGGUAGCGACGAGGCCGGCUCGGUGCCGGGAAUGGGGGGCCCAACGCGGCCGCGGCCGCUCCUCUGGCUGCUCCUGGUCCUCGUGGCCGCCGCGCCCUUCGCCUCCCUGGAGCCGGAGACUGGCCAGGAGCGAGAGCCUCCCCCGCCGCCUCAGCAGGACCAGCAGAAGCCGCCGCCUCCGCAGCAGCCGGCCGUUCAGGGGCCGGAGCUCGUCAGGGCCGAGAAAGGACCUACUCAAGUUGCCCCGGACCAUUCUGUCAAUGGAGACUCUCCCGAUAAGACUAACCUGGGAUUUAUCCAUGCAUUUGUGGCUGCCAUAUCGGUCAUCAUUGUCUCUGAACUCGGGGAUAAGACUUUUUUCAUUGCAGCCAUCAUGGCAAUGCGUUACAACCGCUUGACAGUGAUGGCUGGUGCUAUGCUUGCCUUAGGGCUGAUGACAUGUUUAUCAGUUUUAUUUGGCUAUGCUACCACUGUUAUCCCCAGAGUAUACACAUACUAUGUGUCAACUGCGCUCUUUGCAAUUUUUGGCAUCCGAAUGCUUCGGGAAGGCUUAAAGAUGAGCGCAGAUGAAGGUCAGGAAGAACUGGAGGAAGUUCAAGCAGAACUCAAGAAGAAAGAUGAAGAACUCCAGAGAACAAAGUUGUUGAAUGGGCCCAGUGAUGUGGAAACGGGAGCAGGCCCCACCUUGCCUCAGAAGAAAUGGCUGCAUUUUAUUUCUCCAAUUUUUGUGCAAGCUUUCACUUUAACCUUCUUAGCAGAAUGGGGAGACCGCUCUCAACUAACUACAAUAGUUCUGGCAGCAAGAGAGGAUCCCUAUGGUGUGGCAGUUGGUGGGACAUUUGGACAUAGUUUAUGCACUGGUCUAGCAGUGAUUGGAGGAAGAAUGAUAGCACAAAAAAUCUCUGUUCGGACUGUGACAAUCAUAGGAGGAAUUGUUUUCUUAGCAUUUGCAUUCUCUGCACUAUUUAUAAGCCCAGAUGCUGGUUUUUAAAGAGAUGUUUUCCCAUUUCCUUGGAAGAAUGAGGACUAGGAGCAACAAACCUGUCCUUUGUCUUCUGUAUAUAAUGUACAGCUGUAGUGAAAUGAGCACUGAAGAUGAGAUGCUGCAACUCCUAUAGUAACAAUUUGGGACACACUGAAUAUACCGUGAUGGGAAAUCCCCACAUAUCUAUAUAUACUUUUUUUUACACGGGAUGCUCAUACAGUGUGUUCUGCCUCAAGCAAACUGAGGUCCACCUCUUGAAAUACUACUGGGAUUGCUACUCCCAUCUCUUCACCACCACUGAUCGUCAUUCUGGAUGGAUGAAUUGCUGCUGUUGUGUGACUAGCACUUAAUGCCUUACAGACUGUCCAGUGUAAAGUAUUGGAGAGAACUCUUUGCCAAGCACAUGAUUCCACAAUCAAACAUCAGAACUGUGAGCUAGUCAUGUGACUAACAGUCAAGAAUUGGUGGCUUGAAACCGACUUGGGGGUGCUGGGAGAGAAUCAGGAUAUUUUACUAUGGAGUAUACUGAUUUGGAAUAUAAUGCUUUCAACAUGUAGUCCAUCUAGUUGUUUACUCGAUCCAAACCUGUUUUAUAUUAUGAUCCCCCCAAAUGAUCUGCAUUUCAAAAUUAAAGUAUCUCACUAUGUUCCUCAUCUUUUUAGUAACUGAAAAAUGUAACGUGGAAAAAAUAAAUACAUUAGAUGUAACUGACUGAAUUUAGGUAAAAAUAUGAUUAGAAGUAAAUUAUUGCCAUUCAGUUUGUUUUCUUAUCUGUUAAUUCCCAAUGACUUGGGGAAAUAAUAUUUGUGUCUUAAUUAGAUGUAGACUCUCCCUGUAUGUCUUGCUCAGCCAGUGCUAUAAUUGACUUUUGCGUUUGUUGAGUAGUUUGAAUAAUCUGACCUUAUGUUCCUUACUCUUGAUUUCAAACUCGGCUGUUAAGACUUUGCUGCAGUAACUUGGUACUCAACUAGUUUACAGUAUAAGUAUCAGCUAUGGAACUUUAAGGAAUGGAUCGGUGGUUUGAGAUGACAAAUCUUUCCCAAAGCAAUUCAACAGGCUCUUAAAUUUGGUAAUGGUUUAAAGCACACCAUCUUACAACUGCCAAGUAAGAGAUGAAAUUAAGUAGCCAAAGAGCACACAUCAUGUUACUGUAAAUGAUAGUCCAUGAUGGAAAAAGAUUACUUGAAAAAUAAACUCAUUUAUGAUUUGUUUGUUUCCAUAGUGGCUCUUAAAGCAACAGCUACCAUGGGAGUAGCUUCUUUAUUCAAUCACUAUUGUAAGUACCUGACACUAAGCAUGGGGGGGGGGGUACUUAGAGAUGGGUCCUGAGGUGAGAACAUAUUACAUAAUGUCACCUCUCCCUGUCCGGAAGUGUAGUUAACUACUGGAGCAGUUAGGGACUCAUAUGGAGUUCUUUUAUCAUUCUGCUUUGGUUUUCAGCCAUAUCUGCUCCCAUAGCACUUUACCCCUGGAAUAAUGGAAACUGUUAUAAGUAAAAUAAUUGUUGGGCAUCUGAGGGUAUAGUGGUUU